UUUGCGCAUCAUACAAUGGAUCCAUCGAUGAAUUAAAAAACUCGACCUAUUUAUCGUUUGACAAGUUGAUAAACGCAUAUUAAAAUGUUCUAUCCAGCUCAUCUACUGUCUCGUCGACACAGAGGUAAACUAGCACCUUGCUGGCUUGCUGCAACAAACAGUGUAAAUACUUUUAAGAAAUAUUACAACACAGCUGCUAUAAAGAAGAUAAAUGUAACAACAACAUGCGAAGAGAUUUUGCAAGCAAUACUAUUACGCAAUAAUAAAAAGUUCAGUUUAUAUCUGUCAUCUCAGCUGAUGUAUGGUGUAACAAGAAUUUUUUCUUAUCAAGUUGAAUACUAUCAGAAGGAACUUGUUGACAUUUGGAAGAUAUUUAAUUACACCUCAAAGUUGGACUCAGAGCCAAGUUUCAAUGCUGUACGAGCUCUUGAUACCUUACCAGAGAUCGAACUCCCUUUGAGGGAACUAAAACUCCUUGAUCGUCAGAUGAAAGAAGACUUGCAUAUUCUUCCAGACGAAAUGCCUGAUAAUGCAAUGAAAGUACUUAUGCAAGAUGCAACAUGUCUGAAUUUUGGUGUAUUGACUGAUGAGGAACUGGACUUCAUGCUUGAGCAUGACAAUGAUAUCGCAUUAUAUAUGGAGCAAAUGAUGCAAAUCACAGAUGACAAGCACAAGAGCACAGAGAUGAGAACUGACGUAGAAAUAGCAGCAGAGAUCCAUCAGGAGAUGCAUUCACCUCGUAUCUCGAGUUCAGUACUUGUUGAUAAAUUGAAGAUAACAGAUAAAUAUAAAGGAAAGUCUGCUCCUUCUACUCCUCAAAAACGACAAUCACGUCAACCACAAGUGGAAACACCAUCAAAGAGAAGACGAAUAUCAUUGGAGAAUAUUAAAUUACCCAUUGCAGAUACUGCAAUGGACAUAGCUCCUAUUCCUCAAGAAGAUACACCAAUACCAGAACAAACACUAACUCAUACAAUGCCUGUAAAAGAUAUGGAAAUGAUGGUUUUUUCACAGCACAUGGACUUAAACAUGGAACUGGAAUCUUUACAUUCGAGUUUAAAUACAUUUGUUGUCAGCAGAAAAAAAUUAGUUAUUGAUAAGAGGACAGUAUUGACGAACACUGUAUUAGAAAAGUGGCGUCAGAAUAUAAAUUUUGAGUGCAGAGAAAUGGAAAUACCGCGAAUACAUAAGAUAUCGUCCAUUGAUCUCUUGACACGACCUUCGCAAUAUGAUACCAAAUCUUUGCGCAAGCUUUUUGUCAACCACACUAAAAGACCAUGCAAAAGUGUAAACAAGGACACAUCUAUUGUCGAACAAUACCCGGAAGAAGUACGUGGAUUACAGAGAACAGUAGAUGAGUACACAGGACCGAUGACAAGCAAGGUUGAUCUUGAACAACCUUCUAUUGAACAGUCCAAUAUUGUCCCAGUUCAAACUACAUGGGUUAUUGACAAACCACUGCAUCAGGAGACCAGGGCAGACGUGGAUGAUGCUAACGAUACCUUAGAAGAUAUAGAUAUUGUAUUGGAAAAGAUGAAAAUUCUUUCUACAUCAAAAGAUGAAAUUUCACUACCUUCCACUUGCUCAACUGAUCAAUGUGCAUUUUUGACGAGCCAGGAAAUUAUAGCUAUGUUAGAAGUGCUCUGGCAUGACCAGCCAUAUGUAAAGUUCAGUCAACUUGUUCCAAAAGAUACGGACUUGAAACAGAAUGCAUAUACGAAACAGGAUGCUGCAACAGUCUUCUGCAUUCUUCUUGAUCUCCAAUCUCAGAAGAAGCUCAUUCUAAAUCAACGGGAGUUUUACCACACUCUAUGGAUCCAGAAAUAUGAGGAUUAUUCCAAUUAAAUAUGAUCAAAAUAUAAUAAUAUAAUAAUAUAAUAUAAUAAUAUAAUAAUAUAAUAAUAUAAUAAUAUAAUAAUAUAAUGUAUUAUAUUGCAAUCAUCAAUUUUGUACACAAUUCAAGGAUUUGGUACUUAUUCAGUUUAGCGGCCUCACCUCCGAUUUCGAUGAAAG